AUGUCACAGCUUAUCCACGACUCUUUUUUUGGUCGCUUACUGCGGCACUUGUCCAAGGGGAAGUUGUUGCCGCACGAGGAGACUAAGAACCCUGCUCUCAUAGAACAAUUUACCGCGGUCUCGCCUGCUCCGGUGGAAAAGACGUCCCCUGAAAGACCCGCUUCGAAUGCAAGCACUCUCAACCCAGGCGAUGGAGAGCUGGCUGAGAAAGGUCGAGACCCGAAUAUUGUGACCUGGUAUGGAUCGGACGAUCCAGAGAAUCCUCUCAAUUGGUCAACCUCCACCAAAUGCGCAAUCACUUUUGAGUUGUGCUACUUGACCUUUGCAGUCUAUGUGGGAUCAUCCGUCUAUACCGCUGGCAUUGUGGAUGUCAUGAAGGAUUUCGGGAUUGGCGAGAUCCCUGCAACACUUCCACUGACAGUCUUUGUGCUCGGCUUCGGACUAGGUCCGAUGACUCUAGCACCUCUCAGCGAGGCACCUGCGAUUGGAAGAACACCCAUUUACAUCUGGACACUGCUAGCUUUUGUCCUACUCCAGAUCCCCGUGGCCUUGUCGGUCGAUCUUCCCAUGCUUAUUGUUUUCCGGUUCAUCACAGGUGUUUUAGGGUCGCCUCCCCUUGCCACCGGCGGCGCCUCCAUCGCGGAGAUAUUCACACCGCGGAAGAGAGGACUGGCUAUCGGGAUCUGGGGCGUUGCAGCUAUCUUUGGUCCAGUCUUUGGUCCGCUUCUUGGUGGCUUUGCCGCUCAGUCGAAAGGCUGGCGAUGGACCAUAUGGGAGCUGAUGUGGAUCUCCGGCCUUGCUCUAAUCAUCCUUUUCUUCUUCCUGCCGGAGGUCAACGCAAAGAAUAUUCUGUAUCGACGGGCACAUCGACUCCGACGUCUGACGGGCAAUCCCAGACUCAUGAGCGAAGGAGAAAUCGCCUACAAACACGUCACCGUCAGAAAAGUGGCAUAUCUCACCGUUGUCCGUCCUUGGAUCCUCACAUUCACCGAACCCCUGGUCUUCCUCCUGCACACGUGGGUGGCUUUGAUUUUCGGCCUGUUGUUCAUCUGGUUCACGUCGUUCCCACUCGUGUUCGAGGGGAUCUACGGUUUCAACCCGGGCCAAACGGGAUUGUCGUUUUUGGGACUUCUUGUCGGAGCUCUUUGCUGUAUUCCACCGUUCAUCUGGUAUGACCGUGGAGUGCAACGAAGGAUGUUUGAUGAAGGGGGCCACAUCAUGAAGCCCGAGCAGCGCCUGGUUCCAGCCAUGGUCACCGCUGCCACCAUACCCCUCUGUCUCUUUUGGUUCGGCUGGAGCGCUCAGAAGGAUGUGCAUUGGAUCGUCCCCAUCAUCGGAACCUGCUUCUUCGCCAUCGGCGCCUUGAUCAUCGUCAACGCCGUCUUGACCUAUCUCCCCGACGCAUUUCCCACAGAAAUUCCCUCCGUCAUGGCCGGCUCCGCAUUCAUGCGCUUCUCCUUCGGCGCGGCUUUCCCCUUGUUUGCGCCCGCCAUGUAUCACAACCUGGGAAUCCAUUGGGCGAGCAGUUUGCUAGGCUUUCUGGGGCUGGCGUACGUCCCGAUCCCUUUUCUCUUUUACUUUUUUGGCGAAAAGUUCCGCAACGCAAGUAAACGAGCGCGGCACACGAGUUCCUGA